AUGGCCCCCGGCCCAAAAAGAAAGAAUACGACAAAGCACCUGUCGCUGUUCGCAUGUGAUGCCGGCGGCCGUGGUCGUGGUCGUGGUCGUGGUCGUGGUCGCGGUCGCGGCCCUUGCAGCACAUCUAUGGGCCCAUGUCGCCAGCCAUUGGAUGCGCGCGGCGAUCGGGUGAUGGGUGCAGCAUCGCCAGCAAGCUGCGGGCACCACUCCUAUCCCCCAUCCAUCCAUCCAUCCACCCAUCCACCCAUCCAUCCUACCCUCCACUCCCCACCCCCUACACACGCACACGCACACGCACACGCCCCCUCUCACACGCCCGCCCCGCUUCCUUUCAAUACUCCCUAA